GUCCAGUAGAAAGUAACUCAAAAUGGAAGCCAGUAAGGAGUUUAGUGAAAUUCAACAAUUUUUUAAAGACAAGACAUGCCUGUUAACAGGUGCUACGGGAUUUGUGGGAAAAUUGGUUUUGGAAAAAAUUUUGAGGACCCUACAAGUGAAACACCUGUAUGUAUUGUGUAGAGACAAACAUGGUAUAUCUGCUGAAGAUCGGUGUGCACAAAUAUUUGAUUCAGUGGCGUUUGGACCAUUAAAGCGAAUCAAUCCAGAUUUUUUUAAGAAGGUGUCUCUCAUUCAAGGUGAUUUGGGAAAACCUAAUUUAGGUUUAUCCGACGGUGACAGAAAAUUAAUUGUGAGAGAAGUCGAAUGUAUUUUUCAUUGUGCAGCAGCAUCCAAACUAGAUGAAAAUUUUUUAAAUGCAACAAAUGUAAAUGUUAGAGGAACUAAAGGAUUGGUGGAAAUAGCUCGUGAAAUUAAAGAUCUGAAGACAAUCGUUGUACUCUCAUCAGCGUAUUCAAACUUCCCAUUAUAUGAAAUUCACGAGCAGUUUUAUGAACCGAAAAUAACUGCUGAAAAAUUGUUGAAACUAACUGAAAAUAUCAGUGAAGAAGAAGUUAAGAAUCUUGAACAAGAGUUAUUGGAUGGAUGGCCUAACGCAUAUACAUUCAGUUUGAGUGUAGCUGAAGAUUAUUUAAAAAAGGAGGCAAAAAGUCUACCCCUGAGUUUAAUUCGUCCUUCACUGCUUCUACCUUCCGCUGAAGAACCAGUAACUGGAUUUGUUGAUAAUAUUAACGGAUUGUAUGGUGAUACUGUGACAUAUGCAUUGGGGAUUAACAGAGUAAAUUAUUACAACAGUGGAACACUAGAUGCAGUUCCAGUUGAUUACGUCGUUAAUUUGAUUAUCGCCUCAGGAUGGUACGCUGGACUGCAAAAAAUCCGCAUGAAAAGAGGUGAUGCUUAUACGGCUCUUGCUAAUAUUUACAACUGCAUAAGUUCUCAAGAAAAACCAAUAACCACUGAUGAAUGGACUGGCGUUAUACAUACAGUAUUGAGAGAAGUUCCUUCUUCAAAGAUGAUUCAGUUGCCAACACAAUUUAACACUUCUUGUUAUUACAACUACAAAUUUUUGACUUUAUUGUUGCAUACUUUCAUGGCCUUUUUAUGUGACACCGGAUUAAAACUUGCUGGGAAAACACCUUCUAUAAUGAAUAUGUACGAGAAGGUCCAUAGAACUCAAGAACUCUUUGCUCCCUACUUUCUAAAACAAUGGUACUUCUCUAACGAUAACACGCAAAAACUAAUAAAACGGAUGUCAUUCAAAGAUAGAGUCCUCUUCAAAUUUGAUAUUAUAGAGCUCAACUGGCAAACGUACUUUGAUAACUAUGCAAGAGGAAUUAGAGUAUAUCUCUUGAAGGAUCCGAUGUCAACUUUGACUGAAGGAAGAGAACGGCAACAUCGCAAACUUGUGUCCCAAUUGGUGUCAGCUGCUGUAGUUGUUGUAGUGCUUUAUGUAAUUAGCAAAUUUUUGCUCUUUAGAGUUCUUUUUAGAUAGAGAUUUACAUGAAAAGAUUGUACACAAAUAAAAUAAACAAAGUUUUUAAUAAAAGCUUUCAUAAAAUAUAAA